AUGUCUAGCGUUGCAAUUGUCAAACGUUCGUCUACGUCGAAUGACAAAGAAGUACGAACGCAACUGCAAUCACAAGAAAAAAGUGUACAAGAUCUACGCAUUCAAACAAGUUUGCCACCUCAUGUCGAUGGUUCUGUACAAGCUAUUCUUAUUUGUCACGUUCCAAAACUGCGCUGGAGUGCGAAAUAUCAAUCACUCUAUCGAUCUGUUACUGUUAAAAUGGCUUGGUGGGGCGAAAAUGCUGCAUCUGCAGUAUUCAAGCCCGAAGUAUCAGGUACAAAACUUGAUCAUCGACAACAGCUAAAUACAACGGUAAAAUAUUAUAUUCGAAGCGAUCUUCAGCAAUUUUCUAGAUAUUUGACUGAUGCUACUGAGUUAUUACUUAAAGUGUACGAUGGCGAAACAAACCGUGCGAUCGGUACAGUGAAGGUAGCAAAUUUGUCUUCGUUGUCAAUAAAAAACUCAAUCAAAGGUUAUAUGCCAAUCUUCUCAAAUAAAAAUGAUAAAUUAGGAGAAUUGUUUAUCUCUCUACGCCUAUUUCUACCUGGACCUCAUGAUAGCAGUGAACAUCCUAUGGCAAUGAGCUUUACAUCUGAAGUUAGCAGUCCACCAUCACGACGCAAUUCGAUUGCAGCUAAUGAUCUUCGUCAGUUUGAAAAUGGUUUACGAACCUUUACAACCGGACACAUUCAAAAAACGGAUAAUUCGAGUUCAGUUAGCUCAAGUGAUACGAAUUUGCUACAAGGACAUAGUCAGAAAACAACAGCACCUCAAACACAUGCAUUUAGUUCAAAAAAUCCACAGCCAGGUGUGCAAGCAUAUAAAGAACUGCCAACUGGCAAAGUCGUCGAAGAAUUGAUCGAUCGAGCGAAUCGCCUUCGAGAGGAUAUGAUGAAAUCAUCAAAAUUAAAGAGUCCGAACGUAAAAAAAUCCAACUCAUCGAACAAAAAAAGUUUACACAACGCGAAAAAUAAUGUGGAAGUCUAUGGACAUAAAUCGCUGGAAAUACCUAUUGAUGAUAUUGAUGUUUUGGCAGAUAAUGAAAACAUGUGCGGCAUGCUUGCACUAAAAGCAUCGUUGAAAUCUUCAGGGAACUUUAAUAGUUCUAUUUUGACUGAUCUCGACGGUUUAGAAAAUGAAGACAGUCUAUUAGACGAUCUUCUUUAUGGUGGAGACGGUGAUCACAGGAACAACACGAAAACACAGAGUACGAGUCUAACUCACGUCAGCCAACGAACACGCGUACAUAGGAAACCAUCUAUUAGUCGUUCACGUACUUCAAGUCUAACUCGUGCGAGUGGUCCAUCUGAUCGACCACGAUCAGCGGGAAGAAAUCAAAGUUUAACACGAAGUCACGAUAGUGAUGCAGCAUCGCGUUUUUCCUUCAAUAUACAUAAUUCAGAUUUCGAAGAUAGUGGAAAUGAAACUCAAGAAGAAGAUGGACUCAGCUCUGAGCGUAUACAACUGUUAAAUUAUGUUCGCACAGCACGGAUUCGUAUUGACUAUUUUCGUCUUGAUAUGCUCAACAACCGAGAUAGUCAAUCGUAUUCCUCCUUUGGCCGAACAAACAAAAGCAAGCGAGCUCUAACGUAUUAUAUUGAAUAUCAAUUUCCUGUGUCAAUGAAAAAUUCUCAUGGUCAUGUAAAUGAAGCAACCGAAGUGGUCAAAAUAGCGUCGAAACGUUUCGAAUCAAACAAUGAUAUAACAUUUUCCCAUCUAUCAACGUACCCGUGUUGUUUUAAUAAAACCACGUUUAAGAACUGGUGGAGUUCGUUGUUGAUCUUCAAAAUUUAUAGUCGUAUGUCUGGUACAACACAUUCCGAACAGAUUGGUUUUGCUGUUUUACCACUUCGAAGUAUAUUCAAAGCAAAUUGCCUGCAUUUAGAACAGGAUUUAAAUGUGAUUGAUCGCACACAGAUGAACGAGCAUCAAAAGGUUCCGCCACAAAAAGUAUCAAAGAAGUCCUGUAUUGGCCAAAUACAUCUAAUGCUCGAACUGGACUCCGAUGAGAAAAACUUCAAAACUGAACUAGAUCGCGUUCAAUUCAUUGAACAGUCCAAACCACACAAACAUCGAGUCUCCAAAUCUACGAAAUCAGUUAAUACUCAUGUACAAGUGCCAAGAAGUUUUAUACCGAGCGAAUCACCAUCAGAUUUCACCGACGGAUUAGUUGUACAAAUCUAUCUGUCCAUUGUGGAAGCACGAAAUAUUCCUCAAAACUCAAAUAGUAAUUUACCACGAAAUCCAUAUUUUGUCUAUCGAGCAUUUUGGAAUGAGGAACGAAUAACAUCGGCUGCUUGUUGGGGAACAACAACACCCAAAUUCAAUUUUCAACAGAAAGUGCCCUUACUACUCAAUAGAUCAACCAUCGAAAAGAUGCAUCAGAACUAUGUUAUCGUUGAAGUCUGGGAUAAAAAGAUGACUGGCCCAUCCGAUCAAAUCAUUGGCAUCAUUAAAGUACCUUUAGAACAAUUCUAUGUUUCAUUCAAAGAUAAACAAAUUAGUCGAGUUUUAUUACGAGCUCAAUAUCCGGUGCUCAGCGUUGAUUCAUGGUUACCAAUCAUCGAUCCAUUUAACAAUGCAUCGGCAGGCGAAAUUCAAGUUCUACUAGCUAUGGGUACACCGGAUCAGAUAUCAGCGGUUCAGGUUGCUCAUGCAGAUGCCGAAUCAUAUUCUUCAACAACAAAUCAGAAUGCAUUGAAUAGUGAUCCAUCGGCAUCGUCUUUGAUUGAACAUUAUUUUGAAAUUAUGAUCGAAAGUAUUAAUGGUUUACGUGCUUUCGAAUCAAUGGUGUGGGGCGAAAGCGAUUGCUUCAUUCAAUACUCGUUUCCCAUACAAUCAGAGCAGCAGAUUGUCAAUACUAACCUGAUUAAACCUUUUCAACUUCGUACAAUACGUACUGCCACAACUCUGUGUACAUCUGAUCCAACAUUUCAUGAUACAAAUAGAUUUCAAUAUGUUCUUUCACCAGCCGAUGCACUACAUAAGUAUUUCUAUACGGCAUGCCAAUCCACAACACCGAUCGAUGCUAGUGUUGUAUUUGAAGUCUGGUCUAGAUUUUAUCAUCCCAACAUUCGCGAUCAACUUUUAGCAAUAGGUAAAUUAUCAGCAGCUAAACUGUGCAGUAUGACAACAAUGCUAAAUGCGGAUUCAGACGACAAGUCCAUGCAAUCAUUUCGCAUACCGUUAGAAAUCAUUCAAGAAGAUCUUCACCAAGGACGGCAUCAUUAUGUACCGCCAUCAACAUAUGGCGGUGAUUUAUCGAUAACAGUGACUUACAAACGAAAUAUUCUCAAACGAAAUGAAUCACAAGCGAUUCCGAAUCGUUUAACAGAUGGCACUUCACAAGUAUGCGUAUCGAUCGGUAUUAUUCGUGCUUGUGGUUUGAAACACGCAACUCUAGUUCAAGCGCAGCAUGAUGCACGUUUAAACUAUGCAUCACAAGUGGGUGUCAACACAUAUGCCAAACUAUCAUUCUCAUUUCUAUCUGACAUAGAAUCUCGUUCUACAAGAACUAUUGCUCGUAGUUUUGUACCGGAAUAUAACCAUUCGAUUGAUUUUCCGAUUUCGUUAAUCUGGAGUAAUCAUCGGAAUCAGUCCAUAUCACUCGCAGAGAUGCUGGAACAUGGCGAAUUGAAAGUUGAAGUUUUCCAUCGAAUGAAUGCCAAUGAAAAGCAAGCGACGGAUAUACUUUUAUGUCAUAGCAAGAUUUCAUUAAAAGACUUGGUUGCUCGCCAUACGGGGAUCAAAGGAUGGUUUUCACUGGCGAGUGCCUUAAAAUCAGAAAUAUUUUCGGAUCCGGCUGAGCAUUCCGUUGGCGGAAUUGAGCUGUUUGUUCGAUUUGCACAACAAGAUGAUCGUCGUCGAAUGAUUGACUCGGCUAAAACAAUUGGCUGGCUCGACGAUAAAUACAUCGAUCAAGAAAACUUUUUGGAUGAUGAAAAAGAUCUUGGUUGCUUACUCAAGAUAUCGAUCGAUCGUAUACAAUUUCCGACUGAACUUCUCACCCAACCAGAUAAAAAUCGCGUCAGUGUCUUCGCUCAGUACCGUUUCUAUGAUAAAAUGCCUGUUAUUACCAAACGCAAGCAAACGACUAUAAAUAGAAACAAUCUAAUCUGUGAAUUACAAUUCCUCAAAGAACAUCUAUUCUUAUCAAGUGCACCGUUUUACUGGUAUUUACGUGAAGAGAAACUAGAAAUCCAAAUUUGGAUGAGUGAAAACGACACGUACGAUUAUACACAGUCACUAGGAUCUUCAACAGAUAAACUAGUUGGUUCGAUUUUCGUCGAUUUAAAUCCUCUGUGUCAACGAAAACGAAAGCCACAACGAAUAAGCGUUAUUUUACCGAUAUUCAAACAAGGCGCAAAAAAUUUGCACGGAGCUUGCGUGCAAGUACACAUUUCCAUAGAUACGUCGAAAGAUUUCAACGAGCUAAGAAAUCCAGACAAUGUCGAUACAUCAAAUGAAGCUGAACUUGAAUCUUAUUUAGAGAACCGUUAUUUGAAUUUGAUGAAUAAUGACCGUGCACUUCGAUCAUUGACAAAUAGUAUCUUUUCAGCUCAGAUCAAUAUCGAACAAGGUGCACAUUUACCGAAUAUCUAUUCCGAAGAAAAAAACCUUCAUCUUCCACCAAACCCAUACGUGACUUAUUCAGCAGCUGAUUCUAAUCAUCUGUAUCGUACUCAAGUCUUAACGUCAACAGUAAGGCCUCAAUGGAACUACCAGCAAUCUGUAAAACUAUCUGUCGAACAUUUAUUCAAUGAAAAAAAGGUUUUCAUUCUUAAAGUUUGGCAUAAACUCAAUGCUGAAAUCGAAUCAAUUCCAGAAAAAUCCGGUGAUAAAGUUCUCGGCUUUGUUGCAAUCGAUCUAAGCCCAUUGUUAUCGGGACUGCAACAAAUAUCUGGGUGGUAUAAUAUUAGUGACGCCAUUGGAAAUCUACAAGGACAAUUGAAAAUUAGUAUUGUACCAUUGGAAGAUCUGGUUGAAUUCAAACGGUUAAGAAACAAUUCUAAACAUUAUCAACCCAAACUCGAUUCGCACCGUUCAAAUUCAUCUAAUGUGUCAACAUUAGUUCUGUCUAAUCUUUCAGCGAGAUCUAAUACUGGUAGUCAAAUAAGUCUGAAUACAUCCACCAUCGAAGAUGACAGCCGUAAAGAAUCGUUCCUGAUGAAUAAUCUUCGACGACAACUUAGCGAACUCGAUGUAAUUACUGACCGGUUGAAAGCUCGAUACUACUCUAACUCAGAAGUUUCAUCAGCAUUACCAUCGAGUCGAAGUACCGAUACAAUAUUAUCAACCAUAAUUCCACUAUCCACGUAUCGCCAAAGAGAGCCAACUCCCGAACCAACAGUCAACUACGAUCUCAGCGUUACAAAUAUUUUGUCAAUACACAACGAUCAAGUUCGUCUUGCACAAGAAUUAAUGACAAAAGCAAGCCAUCUGUUGGAAACAUCGAAAGAUUUUUUUGUACGGUCCCUCACACCACCUCCAUCAUCGUCUGCAUCAACAAUCAUGGAAAAUAUCAUCACCCCAACAAAGUUAGCGUCAUCUUCGCCGCCGGCAUUACCCAAUUUUAAUAGCACGCAUGAAUUCGAAGCAACUAUCCGAUCACCACACGUUGACAGCUCUCCUCAACAUCACAAUCACAAAAGAAAUAGUAAUGCUAUUGACGCUACUAUCCGGUCGAACGGCGAUCACUAUGAUCAUCAUCAUCAUUCAGUCGCCUCAUCUCCAACAUAUCCGGAUCAUAUUGACCUUGUUCAUAUUCGUCCAUUGAAUGAUCUAUCAACGUUUAAUUUCGACUGCCAACAAAUGAAUGCCGAACGACUCAAUACUUAUUCGAUGAAUGACGCCACUACAGACCAUAAUACGAUGUCUCCCGAGGCAAUUAUUCAUUGA